ACGCAGGCUCUUCCAAUACUGCCGACCGCCUCACCGCAUUGGAGAUGCACGUUGGCUCCCUCCAGGAUGGCGCACAGUUACAGCAGACCGCGACGCAACAGUUGCAGCAGCGGGUCUGCACUACCGCCACCACCUCGAGUCCGGAGCCGCGCGAGACAGCUYCUAAGUUYGAUGGGCAGGARAUCUUCCACGACUCAAUCAAGACAGAUCCAAUUCCAUGGUUUCGCAAGUUCGAGCUCACGCUCCAGCUCCACAACGUCAAGGAACACAAGCAUCAUGCCUACUUGUACUCUCGCUCAGGGGGCGCGUGUCAGGCUUGGUUGGACAAAUUGUUGUCCAAGUACGGAGUGGUAGCUAAUGACUUGCACACCAAGAUCACCUGGGAUGAUUUGAAGGCGGCGUGGCACAAGCGGUUCCAGGUGGAGCCGCAAGAGAUCAAAGCCAUGGACAAACUCAUGGUCUUCGAGCAAGGCACGCUGCCGAGUACGGACUGGAUCGCCGAGUACCAACGCUUGACGUCAGUCCCAGACAUCCAGAUGAGCUUCAAGGCCAUCUGCCACUACUUCAUCUCAAGGUCAUGUCCGACAUUGAGCAAUGCCCUGACGCACGUCGAGGACACCUUGAUGACGACGGCGGAAUUAUUUGACAAGGCUGCGCAGAUCAUUGUCACGAACAAGGAGGCCAAGAACCUCCGUUCAUCUGCGUCAGGCCCGAGCAGGGACCAGCAUCGGCCAAGAGUGGCCGUGGUCGCAGCGGUAGCGCCGUUAGACCAAACCAGCGAGGCUGCGUCUGCCAGUGAAGGAGACAGAUUUGCAGCCGCCCGGGAAGGCUGUUUGUCGGGACCGCAAUGCGCAGCACUUAGCGCUCAUCUCCACACUUACCUUUCCUUCUAUGCACCACCAACUUCGCCGACGGAUGACGAAGUCGCGGUGGGGGACAUCCUGGCRUAYRYUACCAAGGUGGCCCGCGAGUUUCGCACGCAGCAGUACGAUAACAACAAUGCACCGCUCAUGUAUGUCCGCAUCCAGGUUGGGCAAGCGUCUUGCAGCGCUUUGCUGGAUAGCGGCGCGUCUCGCAACUUCAUGAGCCAGUCUUUUAUGCAAAGAGCUGGCCUUGGCGCACAAGUUCGGAGGAAGGCAAACCCGACGGCGAUCAAGUUGGCGGAUGGUAAGACGCAACAACUUCUCGACCGUUACAUCGAGGCCGUAACGGUCUACUUCGCACCUCAUGCAUGCGAACCGGUAACAUUCGAUAUUCUCGACACGGACUUCGACAUCAUUCUAGGAAUGCCUUGGCUCGCAAGUGUUGAUCACACGGUCAGCUUCCAUCGGCGGACUCUUAGCGUUCGCGACGCCUUCGGCACGGAAGUGGUGUGUACUAUUCCUCUACCGCACUCUUCGAUCCGGUGCCAAGUGGUGACAGCCAAAUCAUUCCGGGCGACUUGCACUUACGAGCAGCCCGAGGAGAUCGGCCUAUGUUUCUUAUGGAUCGUCGCGAUAGCCGACUCUUCACCCACAGACUUGUCUUCGGACCCCCGUGUGGUACGGUUGCUGGACGAGUUCGUCGACAUCUUCGAGUCACCUACCGGUGUGGUGUUGGGCCGGCCGAUCUCUCACGAGAUAAUUCUUGAGGUCGGUGCUGUGCCGCCGAAAGGUUGCAUCUAUCGGAUGAGCGAGGAGGAGCUUGAGGUACUCCACACACAACUCGAUGAUUUGUUGGCCAAGGGCUGGAUCCUCCCGAGUAGCUCCCCAUAUGGAGCACCAGUUCUCUUCGUCAGGAAGAAGAACAAAGAUCUACGAUUAUGUAUCGACUACCGCAAGCUCAACGCGCAAGCCGUCAAGAAUGCGGGGCCUCUUCCUCGCAUCGACGAUCUUCUCGAGCGGUUGGGCGGCGCGAAGUAUUUUUCCAAGUUGGAUUUGAAAUCGGGAUAUCAUCAAAUCUCGAUCCAGCCGAACGAUCGCUACAAGACCGCGUUCAAGACGCGAUACGGGUAUUUUGAGUGGGUGGUCAUGCCUUUUGGCCUCACCAAYGCCCUGGCGACAUUCCAGGCGGCGAUGACCAAUGAGUUCCGUGCAAUGUUGGACCGGUUCGUGCUGGUCUACUUAGACGAUAUUCUCGUCUAUAGCCGGACAUUGGAGGAUCAUCUUGGACAUCUUCGACGAGUGUUGGAGACGCUCUGCCGUGCCAAGUACAAGGCCAACCGCGACAAGUGCGAAUUUGUUCGGCAAGAGAUGGAAUACUUGGUCCAUUUUGUCACACCGGAGGGCAUCAGUCCGCUAUCGGACAAGAUUCAGGCCGUCCAAGAGUGGUCGGAGCCUCGGAACGUCACGGACGUCCGCUCGUUCCUCGGUCUUACCGACUACUAUCAGCGCUUCAUCAAAGGCUACUCCAAGAUCGCGGCCCACUUGAACAAGCUUCAGUGCGAGGAUCGACCGUUUGACUUCGGAGAGGAGGCGCGAGGAUCAUUCUUCGCUCUCAAAGCCGCGCUAUUGUCUGCGGAGGUCUUGCGAAUUUAUGACCCGCUCGCGCCUACGCGUGUCACUACGGAUGCGUCAGGCUAUGGCAUUGGUGCAGUCCUCGAGCAACAUGAUGGUGUGGACUGGCACCCGGUCGAGUACUUCAGCAAGAAAGUGCCCCUCGUGCAUUCCAUUGAUGAUGCACGUAAGAAGGAGCUCCUCGCCUUCGUCCACGCACUCAAGCGGUGGCGGCACUUCCUCCUUGGUCGAAGCCAAUUUCGAUGGGUAACGAACAACAAUCCGUUGGUCUUCUACAAGACCCAAGACACCGUCAACAACACCAUCGCUCGAUGGAUGGCUUUCAUCGACCAGUUCGACUUCUUUCCCGAUCACAUUCCCGGGAAGGAAGCGAUUGCCAUGGACAUCACCGGCCCGUUCCCCAAGCACAAGACCGGAGUGGAUGGGAUUCUCACGGUGGUCGACCGACUCACCAAGUUCGCCAUGUUUCUGCCUUGUCGCUAUCAUGCCAAGGCACCGGAGUUGGCCGAGGUUCUGUACGCCGGUUGGAUUCGCACCAAGGGUUACCCCAAGGAGAUCGUGUGCGAGCGCGACACUCGGUUAAUGUCCGAUUUUUGGUUGGCGCUCAUCAAGCGAUGGGGCUCAUCUCUCAAGCCAAGUUCAACUUGCCACCCUCAAACCGAUGGCCAGACGGAGAGGGCGCAUCAGACCGCACAGGUUCUCCUUCGCACUCUCAUCCGCCCCGACCAGAAAGACUGGGUUGAGCGACUGCCGGACGUUGAGUUGGCCUACAACUCUUCCAUCCACCCGGCUAUUGGGAUAUCACCCUUCGAGUUCAAGCACGACUCGCCGGUUACGUCACCGUUGGACACGAUUACUCCACGCAUGACCGAGAGCGAUGACCAUCUUCUUUUCUUGCGUCGGAUGCAAGAACUUCCUAUCAAGGCACGCGACCAGAUGGCUAACGCAGCAGCGCAUGAGCCAACAGGCAAAUCGCCAACGUCUUCCUUGUCCAUUCCGCGCCGGGGACCUCGUCUGGGUUUCAGCAGCCGAAUUCAGCCUUGAACAAGACGUCUCUCGCAAGCUCCUCCCGAAAUGGAUGGGGCCUUGGCCGAUCCUAAAGCCCGC